AAUAAACUUAAUGUAAGGAGUAAGGACUAUGCUUCGACUAGUUUCUUCUUAAAUUGGUCCUUCAAAUUAUUUUUUCUUUGUUUGCAAGAAUGGAUCCAAGAUUGGUUUUGGUUACUCGAUCGGGUAGUGUUGAUUCUUUAUAUUCUCUUCUUCAAAAGGAUCCAUGCAUUCUUCAAAACGUCGCUGUUUUACCUUUCAUCCACACACCUCUCCAUGAAGCUUCGUCUAUUGGGAUAGAUUUGGCGAUGGAACUGAUGAUUCUAAUGCCAUCUUUUGCUAAGAAACUAAACGCGGAUGGGUUUACUCCAUUGCAUCUCGCUGUAGAAAAUCACCAAGUUGAGUUAGCACUAGAGUUAGUCAAGUUUGAUCCCAGUCUUGUUCGUAUUUGUGGUAGAGGAGGUAUGACACCAUUGCAUCUUGUGGCAAAAAAAGGUGAUGUCGAUCUUCUUACAGAGUUUCUCCUGGUAUGUCCUGAGAGCAUUGGAGAUGCGAAUGUAAAUGGAGAAACUGCUUUACACAUCGUUGUUAUGAACGAUAGAUAUGAAGAGCUCAAAGUUCUGAGAGGGUGGAUGCAAAGAAUGCGCAAAAGUGAUGCUUCAUCCACCGAGAUUCACGUCCUGAACAAACGUGACCGUGAAGGCAACACGGCCUUGCACUUAGCGGCAUACAAGAAUGAUCACCAGGCAGUAAAACAGCUGUUGAAAUGCAUGUCACUGAACCGCAACAUCCAGAACAAAGGUGGUAUGACAGCUCUUGAUCUCUUACGAGCCAAUGGACGUCACAUGAACAUAGAUACGGAGAAAAUCAUACAGAAAGCGGGUGGUAGGAGCGCGGUUUCUCUAUCCAAAGUUAAGAAAACGUCUGUCUUCCUAAGAAAACCGGUCACUUUCAAGGAAUAUUGCUCCACGGGAAUGGCACGCUACAGGAGUCGCAUGUCAGAUGGAACAAGGAACGCUCUUCUAGUAAUAACAGCUUUGAUAAUCACAGCUACUUAUCAGACCGCAGCCCAACCACAAGAAGAUCAAGACAUAGAAGACAAACUAUCUUUCAUAGAAAUCAUAUUAAAGAUAGUGCUACUAUGGGGACUCAAUACUAUAGCCUUUCUCUUGGCUAUUGCCUUGACGUUUAUACUCUUACCAGUUGGUAGAGCAUACACUUGGUGGUAUAUCUUCAUCUCGGCGCCUCUCGUUUGCUCUUACGCAAUUUCGGUGUAUCUGAAGUAUAUGCUCCCACUACCAUUCUUAUUAGCAUUCUUAAUCAUGUAUCUGAUGGUUGUAUUCGGAUUUCUCAUAUAUGUACUUGUAUUGUACGUGAAGUGGAAGCGGACUAUGCAGAACAAAGUACCAAGACACAAAAGCGAGCUGGUUUCCGAAGACUCAAAGACCAUGGUUUAGCCAUUUGAAGCGUUUGUAGAUUCUUUGUUCAUUGUAAAACUUUGAGGAUUGAUAUUGAAAAAUUCCAUAGCUUUGUACGUGGACUCCUUUUGUAAUAUACUGUUUAAGAUUCUAUCU